UCACUCGUCGAUUCUUCUCGCGAAUUCCAUUCUUCCGUUCCAUUCUCUUUGUUCAGUUGUGCACCUCCCCUGUGUGACACACACACACACACAGAUACACACGACACAACACCUCCUCUCUCUCUCUCUCUCUCAGCUUUUCGCUUUUUUUUUCUCUACCUCGCACUCUCCUCGCCCAACGAAACCCCGCGUAACCCCAAGUCGGUCAGUCGUGUUACUCAUGAUCCAACCGGCGACCAGGUAGUAUCGCUGAUUAUGCGCGACAUGAGCACCACCGCCAUCGUAGUGUUUUACGAGCGUCAUGUAAAAUGGAAUUAAACAAUGUUGUUAAGACGUAAACAUGUUUUGGCUACACUGUGGACUCUUUGUUCUCGUGAUUGCCGUACCUGGAUUUAUUAGCAGCGCCGACAGCACGUCCAAGCGAGAAGCAGACUACACUUUAGAUGAUUCCUUCUGGAACGAAGAAACUUCCGUUGGUGAGGCCGAACGACUACUACAAGAGUAUCGACAAAACCAAGAGCUAGUACAAAAUAUCGGGGCCCAUUACUAUCAGAUCAUCUAUCCAGUACAGUUACGGCAUCACGAGAAAAUGGGGAUAUCCACAAGAGAAGUGAGCGUAUCCAAGUUUCCUCAAAGAGGAUACGGAGAGGGUGGAUAUCAGAAUGUUAAAGGCAGAAUGAGAACGGGGAGACAUUUUCAUCGGACGUCCCUCUUGAUCAAGGCCUUUAAUCAUAAAUUUCGCCUAGAUUUAGAAUUAAAUACGCAACUUUUAGCUCCGAAUCUUGUGCAAAAAGACUUUUUAACCGUCGGUGCGGAACAAACUUCUAAACAGGAGAUAGAGCACUGUUACUAUCACGGUACCGUGAGGGAUUAUCCAGGAGCUAGCGCUGCUUUUCACACGUGUAACGGUGUCAGCGGUGUCAUUCAUUUAGGCAACGAGACAUUUGUCAUUCAUCCAUUUUACGGCGGCGAUUUGUCGCAGAAACAUCCUCACGUUAUAUUUGAAGCUCGAACAAAGGCUAACAAAGGCUGCGCUAACUCGGGAAAUCUUGAGUGGCGUGUAAAGAACCGCCGGCAGAAGCAUGUUCUGGGGCUAUCGGAGACCACUUCCGAUCGAUAUAAGAGAGACGUCCGUGAAACAACCAAAUACAUCGAAACUGCCAUCAUUAUCGAUAAGGCUAUGUUCGAGAAGAGGAACGGUAGCACCAGAGCGGAGGUUGUUCACGAUGCCAUCCAAGUCGCUAAUAUCGCGGAUAUGUAUUUCCGCACGUUAAAUACUAGAGUCUCCGUCAUAUACAUCGAAACCUGGCAAGGCAUAAACCAGGCGGAAAUCGCGACGGGCAUGGAUAUCGAUCUCGCUUUGCUCAAUUUAAACGAUUACAUGAUGCGAACGAUGUUCCGUGUUCCUCGUGAUACCACUCAAUUACUCACGGGUGAAACGUUCGCCGGUGGAGAAUCAGGUGUUGCCAUACCUUCGACUAUCUGCAAACAAAAAUCCGUAGGAAUCAGCGUCGAUUUGAAUACAUACGAACCUCAUCUUUUAGCCGGUACUAUGGCUCACAUGAUCGGUCACAAUAUAGGAAUGAGCCAUGACGAUGGAAGGAGCGAGUGUAUCUGCCGCGAAUGGCACGGAUGCAUCAUGGCUCAGUCGAUCGUUGGACUGGAGAACGUUCAGCCGUACACGUUUUCCGAAUGUAGUAAAACAGAUUACAUAGAGGUGUUAAGAAGCGGAAACGGCUUUUGUCUUUUAAAUAAACCAAACGAGGUCGAAGUGAGGAGAUCAUGCGGAAACAGGGUAAUCGACGAGGGAGAGCAAUGUGAUUGCGGAUCGAUCGAGGAGUGUCACGAGUACGAUCCUUGCUGCGAUCCGAUCACCUGCAGGCUCACCUCCGAAGCGCAAUGCGCGACCGGCCCUUGCUGCAGCGAUUGCAAGCUGCUCGCGCGUGGCGUCGUGUGCCGGGAAUCGACCAACGAAUGCGAUCUUCCGGAAGUGUGCACCGGGGAGACCGGCCAAUGCCCGACGGACGUCUACAAGAAGAACGGGAAUCCUUGCUCCAACAACGAUGGAUAUUGUUAUAACGGUGUCUGCCCAGCGUUGAAUCUUCAGUGCGAGCAGAUAUGGGGAUACGGUGGCGUUGCCGCGGACCAACAGUGCUUCGAGCAAUUCAAUUCCAAAGGAUCGUUGAGCGGACACUGUGGCACUGACUCGUCCGGUCAUUACAUCAAAUGCGAGCUAGAGAACGUUCGUUGCGGAUCGUUACAGUGUCAACAAGGUAGAAAACUGCCAACGGUAGCUGGAAUAGAUCACUCUAGAACAAUAAUCUCGAUAAAAGGCGAGGAAUACGAAUGCAAAUCCACGACUGGAAAGGUGGAAGGAUCCGAAAUGCCAGGCAUGGGAUUGGUUCGCGAUGGAACAUCGUGCGGAGACAACUUGAUUUGCGUGAACCAAACGUGCAUAAGCCUUUAUCCGCUGAUGGGCAACGAACGGUGUCCUAGCAAUCACAACAAUCACGAGUGCUCGGGAAAUGGGGUGUGCACAAAUUUGAACAAUUGCUAUUGCAACCUUGGAUGGAGUGGACCAGAUUGCUCCAUAGAGCAGGAUAUCCCGACUCGUCCGCCGAUAACAUCUAGCACCGAAGCGGCCGGUAAAAAUGGUACAGAUACUAAAUUAGUGAAAAAAGAGACCCCCUACGAAACAACUAACAACACUCUUAGCACCGGGACGAUGGUAUUAAUCCUGGUGGGUGUGGUCAAAGGAGUCUUCAUUUGUUUUGCACUAAUGGCUGUUUGCUACAGGUACAGUAGCAAAAAAAUAAAAUUCUUGAGUGGGUUCGACCAACGCCUGUCAUUGUCAAGUAAUUCGUGGCUAGCUGGAUGAUGAGGCAUCGCACGCGGCCAUCAAAUUGCUCUCAUAAUAUUGACUCAUCUUAGCCUUAUUUAAUCGAUGUGUUUUACUCAUAUAUAUACAUAUAUACAUAUAUAAAUGAUAUACGUAUUAUAUAUAUUUAUAUAUAUAUAUAUAUAUUAUCGUACUGUUUCUCUUCGAUGGUGUGCUCUGAAUGUGCUCGUGCUCGCAUAGCGCGUUUGAAUGAUCACGAUGAGAUCGUGACUAUGCUGCACGAGCGAGGGAUCUCAUAUUUCCACUCGAUGGUCUCGCAUACCAAGGGACGAAAGACGAAGAUAUAUACUGUACACUGCCCAUAUCGUUGAGGAGAGAAGAUGAGAUAUAAUUAAUUUUCGUCCCUUAGAGUGCGACAUCUCAUACACGAUCCACUACAACGCCAAUGUGCCAGCUGCUUGUAUGCCCUAUAAAAGCAUGAAUAAGGCUGAUUAGCGAAGAAACGAACGUCGUCCCCUACGGAUCGUCGGUCUCUGAUCGAAAGAAUCAUUGUGUUGAAAAAUAACGUAUAUCUGUAAUGUUAUAACCUAUAACGGAU